AUGUCACACACAAUUAUUUUUAACUUAAAUGAUGUUGAAGUGUUUCCUAGUAUACACACCGCGUAUUAUAAGUAAGUAAUAAAUCCAAACAAACGUUAUAUUACUUUAAUAUACGCAGAUAAUGUGAUUUGUAUAUAGGAGGAUUCACAUGAAUCGCCCUCGGUUGGUGUAGCUGGACUGCUAAAGCGUUGAAAUUGUAUAAGCUGAGCGAGGAGGAAUACAACUGACCUAGACUCGUAUUUCAAGCCUCCAUGAACAACUUGAAUGACCCACCCAGAUGGAACAUCCAACCACACGCUAGAGGAAGGGGGGCGGGGGCUGGUGAUGGCAACCAAUGGAACUAUGCGCUGCUGGUCCCUAUGCUGGGACUGGCUGCAUUUCGUUGGAUCUGGACCAGGGAGUCUCAGAGGGAGAUCCAGAAUGUCAGAGCUCAGUAUGACAAGGAUGUGACCAAAAUAAAAAAUGAAAUGGAGGCACAAUACAGGGAGACACUGACAGAGAGGAGCAAAACUGUUGCUACACUAGAACUACAGUUGGAAAAGGAGAGCCAGAGGGUGAAAGGCUACAGGGAGGCCAUGAUCUCACAAAACCAGCAGCUGAUGAAACAACGGAAACAACUACAACAGGAAAGAGAGACCUUGGAGGAAGAGAAGCAAAGGCAGGUGAAGUCUGGUGCUGCAGGCACUGUGCUGCAUCGUGCCCUGGAGCGAGAGCAAGACUGGUAUCAGCGAGCCUUGGCAACGCUAAAGGAGUUAGAGGGUCAGCUUGUUGAACGCCAGAAUGCCUACUGUUCCCGCAUUCAGCCUCAAAAACAGCGGCGGGAGAUGGAGAGGAACAUGCUUCUCAAGGUUGUUAAAGACCCUAUUGCAGCAGAAGUAGAUCUAGAGUCUGACCUGGUGGAUAUUUUUGAGAGAGAUACACACUGUGCUGAGCUGCUAAACACGGACAAGAGGAAGAAUGGAAGCCUCAUGUGGGUUUAUCUUAAGUACUGGCAGCUGCAGGUCACUGUCCAAAAACACAAAAAAGCAGAGGAAGCCAUAUUAGGAGGGAAAGUCCAGUUUGACACAAAGUGACAAAGGUUGGCUGGUGUUUUUCAUUUGACUGGAAGAACAUUGAAAGUAUGUGGAUCAGGAAUGGAACAUGAAUCUCAUGAUAACAAUGUUAAGGAAACACAAUGUAAACUCAACAAGAUGAUGUACAGCAUGUUAUUGAUCUAAUUUAGCAUUCUGAAAUACAAAAUCACAAAAACUUUAACUUAAUUUUAACUGUGGGAAAACUGUAUGUGCAGUGGUACUAAUUAUACAGAAAUAUACAGAUCCAAUUGCCUGUCAUCAGGAAAUUACAAAAAUAAUUCAAAUUUUAAUAAAUAAAACACUAUAUCAAAGCAAAACAGCAACAAAACACACUGUCACCAUCAAUAAUACUAUGUUCACAUUUAAUUUAUUGCUAUGGUAUGUGAGGAUACUUGCUAUCAGUUUUUUCAUGGACUGUUGUGGGAGAGUUUUUAGUGUCUCAUAACUAUCAGGGAUGAAAUGGGACUAUUUCAGGUGCAUGUAAAUUUAAAUAAGGGAAAAGAUCACACAGGAUUGUGCUCAGCACUGACAUGUUAUUGCAUUAAAGGAAAUUAAAUCAAAUCACA